AUAAUGCAAUACGUCAUGUGGUGACAAGGGGCCACAUGGUUCGGCCGUGCUUUUUUAAAUGUCUACUUGAAUGUACAGUAAAAAAUCUUUAUUACAGUUAUAGUAUGCCAAAACGGUUACACAGCUUUCGGGUAUCAAGUAAAAAAAGAUUAAGAAUAAAUAGUGAUAAAUUUUCAAACUAUAAAAUGGUGGUUCCAAAAAACGCUAAAGCUGUGCAUUCUCAAAAAAAUUCUAACCUUAAACAAAAUGAAAACACGGGAAGUGUUAAAUGUGUUGAAGGAAUUGUUGAGUCUAGUGAUCACAUCAAAGCUGAAUAUUUAGAUACUCCUGUCAAAUCGGAUAAUGAUAAAAAAGAGUACAGAGUAAUAAAACUUCAAAACGGUCUAACUGCACUUUUAAUUGCCGAUACACAUAAUAUAUCCAAUGAAAAAGACACCAAUGAAUCCGAAGCAGCAUCUAGUUCUAGUGAUGAAGAAAGUGAAGAGGACGACGAUGAGGAAGAAAGUGAAGAAGAGUCUUCAGAGGAAGAAGAUGACGGAGAGAUGGAAAUGAGUGAAGAAGAUGACAAACGACCUCAAGCAUUAAAGAGGGAAGAAAAAAUGGCAGCAUGUGCCUUGUGCGUAGGAGUCGGAAGUUUCAGUGAUCCGCCUGAAAUUCCUGGAAUGGCUCAUUUUCUCGAGCACAUGGUUUUCAUGGGUUCCAAAAAGUACCCAACUGAGAACGAGUUCGACGCGUUUAUAACGAAACGUGGUGGGUCGGACAAUGCAUCAACGGAACCAGAAUUGACCACGUUUACUUUUGAAAUAGACGAGAAACAUCUUUUUGCUGCCCUCGACCGGUUCGCUCAGUUCUUCAUAGCUCCUUUGAUGCUGAGAGAUGCAAUUUCUCGCGAAAGAGAAGCUGUGGAAAGCGAGUUCCAGAUGGGAUUGCCAUCAGACAUCAACAGGAAAGAGCAAUUGUUCUGCAGCUUGGCCAAGCCGAACCAUCCAGCGACCAAAUUCACUUGGGGAAAUUUGAAAACUCUUCGCGACAAUGUAACUGAUGACAAUCUUUACAAAAAGCUACACGAGUUUCGCGAGCGACAUUACAGCGCUCAUCGCAUGACACUCGCUAUUCAAGCGCGCUUGCCUCUAGACACUCUAGAAGACUACGUCAAAAAAUGUUUCUCAGUUGUCCCGACAAAUAGUUUGCCUUCUGAAGAUUUCAGUAUUUACAGAGACGCUAAUUCUUUUGACACCUCCAAUUUCCGGCGGAUUUAUAAAAUAAAGCCGAUUAAAGACGCUUGUCAGGUCGAGCUGACCUGGUCGAUGCCGCCGCUUCAUCAUCUUUAUAAGACAAAGCCUCAUCAGUAUGUAUCUUGGAUCAUUGGGCACGAGGGCAAGGGCUCAGUGAUCAGCUACUUGAGAAAAAAAAUGUGGUGCCUUGAUAUAUUCAGCGGCAACGGAGAGAGCGGCUUUGAACACAGUUCUAUGUACGCGCUUUUUAGCUUGGCACUUGUCCUCACUGACGAAGGUCAUGCUCACCUAAAAGAAGUUAUCGACGCAAUAUUUUCUUACAUUAAUAUGAUGCGUAAAUUAGGCCCGCAAAAAAGAAUCUUUGAUGAAAUACGCAAGAUAGAUGAUACGAAUUUUAAAUUUACUGACGAAGAACCUUCCAUUGACAAUGUCGAAAGCUUGAGCGAAAAUAUGCACUAUUACAAAUCUCUUCACUAUAUUACAGGCAGUGAACUCUACUUUGAGUACGAUCCGGAGUCAAUUCAAGCGUGCAUGGACGUUCUCACUCCUGAAAACGUAAAUAUUAUUAUCCUUGACAAAAAGUUUGAUGAUUCUAAAUUUGAUAAAGAAGAGCCGUGGUUUAAAACCAAGUACUCGGACGAAGAAAUUCCAGCUGAUUGGAUUGAGUCUUGGAAAAAUAUUGAACCCUUCCAAGAAUUUCAUUUACCAGAGCCCAAUGUUUUUAUAACUGAUGACUUUACUUUAAUUCCUGUUACGCCAAUUGAAGCGCCGGUUAAAAUUCAUCAAGAUGCUUUGUGUGAAAUUUGGUACAAGCCUGAUGCUAAAUUUCGUCUGCCUGAGUGCUAUAUGUAUUUUCAAUUAAUAUCACCUGUAGUUGCGAAUUCACCAGAAGGAUCUGCUCUGUGUGGUUUAAUGGUAGGAGUUUUGAAACUAUUACUUGCUGAAGAAUUAUAUCCAGCAAUCGCAGCUGAAUUGAAUUAUGAGCUGAAUGCAAGUGAGAAAGGGCUAAUCAUUAAACUCAAUGGAUUUAAUCAAAAACUCCCAUUGCUUCUUGAAGCAAUUAUUAAAUACUUGUCGAAUAUAUCGGAGCUUGUUACAGAAAAUUUAUUUCAAGUCAUGAAAGAACAGCAAUUAAAAGAUUAUUAUAAUUCUUUUUUGAAACCUUCUACUUUAGGAAAAGACGUCAGGCUAUCUAUAAUAAUGUUAAAUCACUGGACAAAUACCGAAAAACAUGCAGCAUGUAGCAUGAUAUCAUUUGAAGAGUUCAAAAACUUUGUUAAAUAUUUUAAAAAGCACAUUUACAUUCAAUCUUUAAUCCAAGGUAAUAUGACAAGCGACGACGUGAAGAAAAAUGUAUUAAAAUGUUUUGAUAUUUUAAACUCCGGACCAUUAUUACCAAAUACUUUUCCGCGAAUACGAGCAAUGUCACUGCCUUGUGGAGUCCAUUACUGCAGAAUUAAAAAUUUUAAUCCAACUGAUUCGAAUUCUAUAGUGACUAAUUAUUAUCAAUCAGGAUUAGCUUCUAUGAAAUUGUCUGUGACAAUUGAUUUAUUGACGAUGAUCAUGGAAGAGCCUUUAUUCAAUCAAUUAAGGACACAAGAACAAUUAGGAUACGAUGUAUCUUGUCUACUGCGUGAUACAUACGGUGUGUUUGGGUACUCAAUAACUGUGUGUACGCAGGCGGAUAAAUUUAGUGUCGACCAAAUUGAUGAUCGAAUAGAGGCAUUUUUAAAGUCUUUCUAUGAAAAACUUGAGUCCAUGUCGGACAAAGACUUUCAAAAUCACAAAGAGGGCCUGAUAAAAUUGAAACAGUGUGCUGAUGUUCAUCUGAAGGAGGAAAUAACUCGCAAUUGGGCAGAAAUUAAAUGCGGCGAGUAUAUGUUCGAUAGAUUGACUCAGGAGACUGAUGAAAUUCAUCGAAUUACUCUUGAAGAGUUGAGAGAUUGGUUUAAAGAGCAUAUUGUUGGUGGUAAUAACUUCCGUAAGUUGUCAACUCAAGUUGUUGGAACGAAAAAGCAUAAUAAAAAUAUUAGCGACAAUGAAAUUAGUAAAGUUGAAGAUGUUCAAGACUCAGCAGUACAAUGCAAUUAUGCCUUGCAGUAUCUGGAUCCAGAAAAUGACAAAAAUAGUGAAAUUUUUAUUAAAAAUAUUGAAAAAUUCAAGUGUAAAUUAUAUGCCUAUCCAGAACGCUAUAGCAAUUAGUUUUUAUAAUUUAUAAUUGACUUUUUGAAUUAAAUAACUGACUGCAAAGAGAAAAAAAAUUUUUAUCU